CGUCAAUGGACGUGACGUAUUGUGCUCUUUCCGCGGUGGAGCUUUACUACUGCGUACGUCGCGCUUGCUUGACUGAACAUUCGUUCGAACAUUGAUUGAAGCGCACUGGAGCCAGUUCGUCCAUCUUCGCUGGACAAGAAUUUGCACCCCGUGAAUGAAAUCUUUUCGUCCGUCCCGGUAGAGGGAGGGCAUCCCGGCGGAGGCUCUCGAGAUAGCCUAGCUAGCCUAGCCUAGCUUUGCUUAGCUUGCUAGCCAGCCGCGAACGAACGAACGAACGAACAAAGAGACUCGUUCGUUCAUCAGCAACACAUCGCAAAGCAAGCCGCGAGUGUCGAAAUGUGCGCAAAACGCAUCAAAGAAGAAGAGUACGCGGAAGAUUUGUGUGCGGCGACGCGGCAAGAGGCGACCCGAUGGAACCGUCAAGCACUGGACGCUGAUUGCAAUCGGCUUCGAGUUGACUUGCCCAAAGCAGACGUCAGUGAGGAGGAGGAGGAGGAGGAGGAAGAAGGUCUCGGUCCUGGGCAGCAGAAGGCCAAUGUUCCUCACAUUAAAGAGGAGGAGCAGGAGGAGGAUGUCAGCACGUUUCCAUUCACGGUUGUCACCGUGAAGAGUGAAGAAGGUGACGAAGAAGGUGACGGAGAGCAAAGUGACGGAGGGGCCCGCUCAGAAGGCCUCAUCGCUCCAUUAUCGGAAGGUGACAACAUGACAUCUUCGGACAAUGACGAUCACUCUCGAGGCGAUGCGACUCGCCGCGCCGACGGCAAGCCUUUCCAGUGUUCUCAUUGUGACAAAACAUUUUACAGGCUGUCAUUAUUGAAAGCACACUCGCGAACGCACACUGGCGACAAACCCUUUGCUUGCUCAGUCUGUGAUAAAAGGUUCUCCAUCAAGGGAAAUGUAACCAAACACAUGAGAACGCACACUGGAGAGAAACCUUUUGCCUGCUCCGUUUGUGGCCAAACAUUCACUCAGAAAGGCGAUUUGAUAAGACACACCAGAGCACACACUGGGGAAAAACCUUUUGCCUGUCCCAUUUGUGCUCAAAGAUUCUCCGCGCAGGGAACGUUAAUCACGCACAAAAGAACGCACACUGGCGACAAACCUUUUGCCUGCUCCGUGUGUGAUAAAAGGUUCUCCAUGAAGGGAAACUUAACCAAACACAUGAGGACACACACUGGAGACAAACCUUUUGCCUGCUCAUUUUGUGCUAAAACAUUUUCAUCCAAGACACAUUUAACAAGGCACACGAGAACACACACCGGAGAUAAACCACUCGCCUGCUCGUUCUGCAAUAAGAGAUUCUCGAGAAAGGAACAUUUAAUCGAACACGUCAGGAUACACACUGGAGAGAAACCCUUUUCCUGCUCACAAUGCGCUCAAAGAUUUACUCAGAAGGGAGAUUUGGCAAGGCACGCAAGGACACACAGCGGGGAAGCACCUUUUGCAUGUUUAUUUUGCGGCAAAGGAUUUACUCGAAAGGCUUAUUUGGCAGAGCACACAAGAGUGCACACGGGUGAGAAACCGUUCAAUUGCACUGUGUGUAAAAGAAGCUUCAAGGUCAAGUGUGACCUCGAGGGACACGAGUGUGGAGGCGAGGAGAGCGCCGCUCGCUCAGCGAGGCUGCCUGCAAAAUAAAGUGAGCAAACUCAGGCUAAGACUCGUCCGCUCAUUCCAUGCUUUGGAAUCACCGGAACCCGACCCGCUUUAAGAAUACACAUCAGAACGCACACUGGAGAGAAACCCUUCACCUGCUCAGUUUGCAGCUCAAGCUUCAGCGUGCGCUCGACCUUGAUACAACACACGAGAACACACACUGGCGAGAAACCCUUUUCCUGCACGGUUUGUAGUAAACGUUUCUCCAAGAGGACAAAUUUAACAGCGCACACAAGGACUCAUGCUGGAGAGAAACCUUUUGCCUGCUUAGUUUGUGGGAAAGGAUUCACUCAGAAGGGGCAUUUAAUUGCACACACAAGAACACACACAGGGGAGAAAAGGUUUGCCUGCUCAGAAUGCGAUAAAAGAUUCACUCAGAAGGAGCAUUUGGUAUCACACGUAAGAACGCACACUGGUGAGAAACCAUUCAGUUGCGCUGUGUGUGACAAAAGGUUUCACGUGAAACGUCAGGUGAAGAGACACAAGUGUGCAGGUGCUCAAUGAAUCGGUCCAGGCGGGCAAUGAGGCUGUGCUGCCAAUCGUUGGCUCCUUCCCAACUGGGUCAUCUCUUCCCAAUGAUUUUUAGAGGGUCAGUUGGAGCGUGUAGUUGACCUACCCGCCC